AUGACUGGGCUGUCGGAAAACGAUGGCAAGCCUCGCCAAACGUUCAAUAUUUCUAACACCUACCCUCAGACUACGCCAUCGACCUACCAAGACUUUACUGGGCUACAGGAUUAUGAUGAGGGCUACUUUAUUGAUAGCAGACCUUACCCAGCUGCUACCAGUAUCUUCGGUGAUGAUACUGGGUACUUCCAAAGCUUCAGUCAUGACAACGAACCUAAAUGCGGGAACGAAGCCACCGCGAACAAUUUCCGGCCUACUCAACCUGCCGUCCCAGGUUUCCCUUUGGCUACAUCUCGCGAUUCGAUAUCCCCUUUCAACGUUGAGACAACUUCGACAGCUGUCCUCUGCGCCUCGACUUCUACGUGCAUUGCUGAAAUAGACCACUGCAAUCACGCUCGCAUCAUUGAUUCAUCAUUUGGAGGGAUCGAGACUCAAAGCAACCCGUUGCGCUUCUCGAAUCAAGACGUUUCCACUUCCACAAAUGCUGGGCAAGUCGUGUCGCGCGACAGAGUCCACUGCACUUGGCCGGGGUGCACUAAGACCUUUGGGAGGCUACAGGAACUCGUCCGUCAUCACAACGCAGUCCACGAACUCAUAACGCCUCUCUGGUGCCCGGUGCCGAGCUGCAACCGUAGCAGCGGCUUUCCUCGUCGCAAACGCCCGUUUUCGAGAAAAGACAAGCUCGACUCCCAUAUGAAGAACAUACAUCACUUUACCUUUGGUCAUUCUAUGAUGGCAGGUGUGCAGGCUGGCCUGGAUGCUGCAGGCAGCGGAGAUGCUGAUGCAGAGUCGGGAUCCGGCAGAAGUGGCUUCAACACUGCCGACGGAUUUUACGAUGUUGUGGCGCCUUCGAUCUUAGAUGAACAUGCUCUAAGCAACGGUUUAGCGGGCUUUGUCGAUCCUAUCGGCGGUUAUGAACCUUUGGAUCUUGAUAGUGUAAAUAACGCUGGCUGGUUCAACGGCAUCGAUGGGGUUAGCAGCUUCAAUGCUUUGAGUGCAGCUGAUGGUAUUUUCGACGAACAAAACAUCUCUGGCGAGGACAUGCUCUGUUCUGGUUAG